AUGGCGCGUCAGGCCAAAGGGCGCCAGAAAGCUAGCACAGGCAAUACUACUAAGGAGGCGGUAACUACCAAGACAAACGGUUGCGGUACUAAACGAGCUGCAGCAGAUGACUUUGCCGUCCAGAAAAGGCGAAGAAUCCAAAGCAACACGCCUCUCGCUGCUUCUGGUGAUGGGCUUACCGCCGCUGCAGAUGCUUCCAACAGUAAUGACACUACUAAUCAACCCGAUGGGACUAACCUCGCAGGCAAUACUGCUGCAAAUCCGACAAUUUUGUUGUGUCAGAAAUGCUACGACGGCUCUGGCAAGGCCUACGAGUCACGCUUCAGGUGGAUAUACCCAGACAAGAAAACGAAGAGAGAGGACAAGUCCACAGAAACUGGCCUCAAUCGAACGUUGCCUCCCAUCCCCAACGUCUAUGUGGCUUUUGAUGAUCUCAUGAAGAAGGCACUUGAAAACCAUCCUGCUGCUUUCAACAAGAUAAUCGGACGAGGCGGCAUUGCAUUUCGCUUUGCCACGAUGUGCUCCGGCACGGACGCCCCGUACUUUGCGCUGAAGUUGAUGCAGGAAUCUCUUCUCCUCCAAGGAAAGCAAGAAGUGUUCAGAUUUGAGCAUGUCUUCGGGGUCGAAAUUGACCCGGCUAAACAAGCUUUCCUGAGUCUUAAUACGGAGGCUACCAUCUUCCGAGAUGUUCGCGAAAUGGCUAAUGAAACUUGCGAGAUAGCUACCACGGCACACGGCUCUAAGGCUGAAAUUCCGCGAAAUAUUCAACUCCUUGUUGCAGGUACAUCCUGUGUCGACUUCUCUGCCCUGAAUACGAAGAAGAAGUCGGGUUUUAGCAUUGAUAUCUUCGCGAUUGCUAAAGAGGAGUGCUCCGCAGCUGAAUUCGCAGCACUCUGCGAGGCCCAGUCCAACGCAGAGGGCGAAGAUGACGACCUGAAAAAGAAGGGAUCCAAAGGCUGGGGAUUAAUUCCAACCGAAGACCUGAUGCGUGUCAUGUCGCGUGUCCUCAACGCGAUCAAGGGAAAGUUGGACGAAGGCGGUGAAUCGGAUACAACCUUCUUCUCCAUGCUGCUCUACGCUAAGAAAUACCGGCCGAGCAUGAUUAUCUUGGAAAACGUGUCAGGCGCUCCUUGGAAAGAUGCAAGGGACGUUUGGCUCAGAGGGAUCGGAUACACUGCUGAGAUCAUCGCCUUGGACACCAAAGACUUCUACAUGCCACAAACACGCAAACGCAUGUACCUUGUUGCGAUGGACAUGCAGGCUUUCCCGGGCAUUGACUUGACCCAGGUUGUCACGCAGUGGCAGACAAUCCUUGGCGGCCUCAAACGUCGAGCUUCGUCUUCCAUUGAAGAUUAUUUGCUUCAGGAGAAUAGUCGACUGAUCCAAAUCGCUCGCCAAGAGCUUGAACACAAAGCCGAAGGCAAGAAGUCCCGUGACAAGGAGUGGUUCCACAGCCUUCAGCGACACAACAGAGCCAGGCGUAACGAGGGUCUAGGCCAGUCCAGACCCCUGACCCAGUGGACCGAUGCUGGUUGUAUCAAAUUGUACGACCGAAUGGAUCCGAUCAUCAUCGGUGGACAAGCACCACGGGUUUGGGACCUCCUAGACAUCAAUUUUCUGCGCGGCAUUUUCAGUUUACCGGGUUUUAUAUCUUUCGACAACAGAUUCAAAAUGAAACACUACGAUCUAAGUCAGAAUGUUGAUAGAGGCGUGGUAGCCCACUUUGGCUUGGCCGGCUGCCUGACCCCGAACGGCAUCCCUUUCCUCGGAGACCAGUGUCGAUUUAUCACCGGAUACGAGGCAUUGGCCUUACAAGGUUUACCUCUUGAGCGACUCGACAUGUCUCGCCAAACCCAAGACCAGCUGAAGGACCUGGCUGGCAACGCCAUGACAACAACUGUCGUCGGCGCUACCAUUCUGGCUUCGUUUAUCGCGCUGGCCGAGUCUGAUGGGGAUUCAUUUCGCAUAUUCAAAACCAUUGCUGGUAGCGGGUACCAGCACCCAUUACUGAACCCACAAGCGUCGGGGCCCUUCGGCCAGAAAGCCUUCGGUCCUGAGAACCUAGAACUGUUCAAAGCAGAAAGUGGUGUCGCCUUUGCGGUCCAGGAAGUACUAAAUAUUCUGGCCAAAGCCCGUCGGUACUGUCGCUGCAAUGGAACUGCCAAAUACAGCAGUGAUAUCUUCUUGAUUUGUGUCGAUUGCGGCAUAAUCAGGUGCGCCAAUUGCGCAGGCAAUCCCAUACACCGAUAUCAGCGGUAUCAUCAACCACUGGAGCGCCUCACUUUUAAUCCAGCCGUCAGAAGCCUCAUGCAGCAUUUCCCCACGCUCGUCUCUGGAUUGUUCACCGAUUCUCAGCUCAACCAGUAUCUGAAAGGCCCUGGCAUGUACUCUUUUGCGUCUGCUUUGCGUGAGCUUAAAUCCUCGAUUUUUCGCCUGCAAGAGGUCCACAUCACAGAGACGAUGACGAUCACCUACUCCGCUGGUUCGGCUUUCAUUCUGAAAGCAAGCAUCUCUGACCAUGGUAUCACCUGGUUUGUCCGUCUCGAUCGCCAUUGUGUACAUGGAGAUAUAGUGAACGAGAAGGAGGAAACUAUUGGCGACUUCCUCUCUCGACAGAGGCCCUUUGCCAAGGCUGAGCUUCCUGCAUGUGCCCAACAUGCUUUGCCCUGCCCUGCCGAUUGGGAUUUCUGGCAAUUUCAAACAGAAGAGUUGCCUAUGUUGGUUUACAAACAACAGGAGAGAAUAGAGCUCGUGCCAACUGGCAGACUUUACCCCCUUCAGGUCAAUCGAAUUCUCCGAAGUGCCCUUGGGUCAUACGUUCACCUGCCCAAGUGCGACGCGGCUGAGAAUAGUUUGUUUGUCAACAACAAGGGCCCAAAGCCCGUGUAUCUCUUCAAGGAUCCUACCAAGACCGGCCCCGCCGAGGAUGACUACUUCGUCGUUUCGUACAACAACCGAUUGCUGCAGACACCUGAGCAUCGCGAGAUUUUGCUUUCGUUCAACCCCAAACACCAACUUCACGAGUUGAAAGAUGGCAAAACAAUGGUCAACUUCAGCAUAGAUGCCCCCUUUGACACCUAUACGAAGCUUUGGUUGCCCAAAGAAGAUACGCAAGCAUCAACAAGUGGAGAAUGCGAAGGCAAACAGCUUCUCAGCCAGCUGGAAGAUAUCCGCUUGGAUAAGUGCUCUAUUCCACGUGCCUUGCAAAAGCUGGGCUUAGCCUGCAAUGAAUUAGGCCAAAAGGACGGAUGGUACACAGUGCCAAAACACGACAUGCCUGAGGUCCUGAAGCAGCUUGCAUUCGGGAACCUGAAGCUGAUUGAGGUCAUGUCUACAAACAGGAAAUAUGGCAGUUCGAACAUACCUGUCACCUUAUCUGACCUUUGCGAUGAAUGCUCCCCAUCACCCCCAGCAGUUUCUUGGCUGAGCCGCGAAGAGACUAGCGGAAGAGCUGAGCCUUGCCAUGACCAUCUGGAUGCCAAGGCCUACGAAGAUGCGUUAAAAUCGGUACCUCCAGCUUUCGGUGUGCAGGUGCAGGUCCGAUGUCCCUCAGUAGAUUUAACUGAGUCACAGAAGGUUGUGCUUACGGCCAGAUAUGUCUGGAACCCGCAACUUCUCAAGCAUAAAGUCCUACGACUGCUCCCUGGCAUUGAAGAAACAUUGAGCGUGUCUACUGCCAAUCAGGUCAGCGUGACGACUAAAGUGGAACACCACCAUGCUGAUACUCUUGCUCCGACCCUAGCCCCUUUCCGGGAGUCCAUCAAGCCCUUGAGGAAAUCCAGUAACCUCAAUAUUCAACCACCAUCAUUCGUCAAGAAAGGUGAAAUGCUGCAUGAAAGGCAACAGAUCUCUGUGGAGUGGAUGGUCAGACGUGAAAAGCAAGGAGCACGAUUUGUGGAACGAGAAAUUGAGGAAGAAGUAGUCCCAGAACUCCAGCUACGACUGGUUGGAUGUGCUGAACGCGAGAUCUUCUGCCGGGGCGGACUGAUCGCUGACGACGUUGGAUAUGGCAAGACUGUCAUAACUCUGGCUCUGAUCGACUUACAACAAAGCAUGCACGACGAACAGCUUUUCGAAGAGCGAGAAGAGAAGGUGAAAGAAGACGGCCGCGAGGCCCUGAAUGCCACUCUGAUUAUCGUUCCAAAGCACCUGACUGAGCAGUGGAAGACAGAGAUCAGCAAGUUUCUCGGUUUGGACUCAUACUCAACGGUCGUAAUCAAGACUUGGACUCUGGCUCAAAAGAACCCUACCAUAGAUGCCAUAAGACGUGCCAAGAUCGUCAUUGUGAGUGACGCGAUCUUCAAGGUCAAAGCAUAUCAGGAUUCCCUUCAAUAUUGGGCUGGUAAGGCAUUCUCUGCAGAAAAGCUUUCAGAGCGUGCCUAUCGAGCCUGGCACGAUGGCUGCGUUUCCUCAAUCCGGGCAUUCCUCAGAGAAUAUCGAUUUGGAAACAAAACAGACGACGAGCUUCAGAAUGCGAUCUCCGAGUCCCGUGAUGCUGAUUUAGAAGAUAACAAGGCCUUGCUUGCAAACAGAGUAGAGAAGAGUAGUAGACGCAAGAGACAACUCCAGUCGAAAUCGAAGAAAACCCCCCAGCAAGAUAGCAGCAAAACGCGCGGCAAAAAGAUCGGUUCUGGUAUGUUCAUGGACGCUAAUAUCCUCCUCGAAUUCUUUACUUGGAAUCGGAUUGUCUGGGAUGAAGCCAGUGAAAAGAACCCGGAGACGCGCCAGUUCGUCCGGAGCGCGCUUGCGGAUGCCAAGUGGCUGCUUACUGGCACACCUCCGACGCGCAGUCUGAGAGAACUUGAUUCUAUGGCAAUGCCACUUGGAGUCCACAUAGCUGUACCUAUGGACCUACGCCAGGGGCUGCCACGGAUCACUGAGGGUCCGUCGUUAUCAGUUCGCACCGACGGCGAGAUCUAUCGAUCCUACGGAAAGAACAAGUCUGAGCGUUAUGUUGAGGAGCGACACGAACAGGGAGAAGCAUUCCUCAGCGCCUUGUCCUGUGCCAAUCCCGUUGACGUCGGAUUGUACGAGGUGGAAGAGAAGGUGGUUGUUUGCUACCCGACAUUUGUCGAAUUGGCCUAUUAUCUUGACCUGCAGCAAGAACUGCGCCGCGCCGACAUGGAUGCAUAUAGCCUUGGGCAGAGAUCCUUGCAAGACCUGAUCAACAACAUCCGUCUAAAGGCGAACUUUCCUUCCUCGGGGAGGGAUCUAGGCAUGCAAGGCCUGCUCCACAGAGCAUCUUUGCCAAUUCAGAACGCUGGUGAAGAUCCUCAGGCUUCUCAAGCGCUUGUAAAUAAACGCCAGGAACUCUUAGACGAAGCUAAGGCGUGCUUAAAGCGGGUGUUUGAAAAGACCAUUUGGCUUGCGCAUCGACUGCAGCUGAGCAAGGUCAACAUUGGCAUUACAGAGAAAGAUUGUGCACUUGACGAGCUUUGGGAUCUACUUGCAGCUCUGGAAGAUGGCAUUUUUGAACGGUUUGGUGGAGUCGAUGCCUGGUUCACUGUUGCGCACACCAUUCUCUCCAUCUAUGAGCAUCGCAAUGUUUUCCCUGUGGAAACGCUUAGGGAUCGAAUCAAUGGGCCUCGGCCUUUCUUUCGCUUCUCUGAUCAAAUUAAGAGAACCGACUUCCUCAUGCCAGACGCUUGUCACAUGGGUGCUUUCAUGGCUUAUGCCCUUAUGGAUGGAUUUUCCAGGACUUAUGCCCCUAAGGACGGUGUCACCAUGGCUUAUGCCCCUGUUUAUGGUACCUCCAUGCCUUGGGAAUAUGUACCUCUGGAUAGUGCCUCCAUGGCUGCUAAUCCUGACGCUGACGCUCCCGUCCCCGAUGCUCCUCUGAUACACUUCUUGCCUGAUGCAGCGUACGCAGCAAGAACCAAGAGUUUUGAUCAUCAUUACACCGUCCUCAAUAAAGACAUCGAUCGGAUGGGGAUGGACGAAAUCAGGGAUCUCCUGCAGGAUUACUACGAGGUCAAGGUCACCGACACCCAAGAACCGGCUGACCCAAUCAAAUCGCUGAUAAAUGAACUCGAGGAUGUUCUUGGAGACAUCCCAGACAUCAGGAAGGAAAAGUUAGCCAAGGACAUCGAUGCAGCCGCCAAGGUGAUGAAAACGGCAACCAAGGGGAACAAACCUGCAGCCACCACAGUCACACUCGACAAUACAUUAAGCGAUGCACAGAAGCAACGCCUCAGACAAGCUCUUAAAAAACUUCUUGAAGUAGUCGAAGCUGAGAGAGAUAGAGACGGUGCGGCAAACACCCAAGUCGCGGACGUAUCUAUGUACGGAGACUGGAGUAUUGCCGAGCUCAGUGACAAGUGUCGCCAGCGUGGUCUCAAGGUCAAGACGACCAGUUUGCCUCAACUCAAAAAGCUACUUGUUGACGAUGCAAACGGAACUGCAAGCGACGAGUCGUAUAUUGGCCCCAAUCUACAAGCUUCGCGAGUACGAACUCCCCUUCAGCUUGUAGGGAAUGUGCUACGCACUAGAGGAACAAAGAUUGAAGUACUCCAUGAUGAGUACAAGCAGUUAUACAGCAAGCUGCUUACGGUCCAUCAGUAUCUAAUCGACCUCGAUAAGCAGCACCGGCUCGCCGUCUGCUUCAAUCUUAUUGAACGAGCCCAAAAAGUAACUUGCAAUGAGUGCCAGAACAAUGCUUCAUAUAUUGUACUGGAAUGUGGUCAUGCACUCUGCCAGGAGCAUCACGAAGGAAAGGUUUGCUGCGGUUAUGGAAUGAAAGAGUGUCCGUCUGUACUGAAUACCUGCACACUGUCCAUUGAACAGAUCGAACGAUCGACAAAGUCGGCUCCUGACGACAAUCAGAGCUCUAAACUCAGGGCCAUCGUUGAUCUUGUGCUCAGCAUUCAUAAUCGUCAUGAGAAGGUCGUCAUCUUCGCCCAGCAUGACGCAGUCCUCCAUCAGAUUGUGGAUGCAUUGGGCAAGAAGAAUAUCACGGCUUACACGACCACCCCGCGCCCCAAUACGGACGCAGACAAGAAAGAGGCCGGCAAGGGCAAGUCGACCAGGCGCAAGCCGGCCAAGAGCAAUGUUAUGAAAGAUGAUGAAGUUGUUGAGCAGUUCAAGCAGGGGAUUUUCCCAGUCUUGGUGCUGAAACUGAGCUCGCCCGAAGCUUCCGGCAGCAACUUGGUGGUUGCAAACCACAUGAUCUUUGCAACACCGCUCAUUACGGAUUGCCAAGAGGAAUAUGAUGCUUACAUGAAGCAAGCCCGUGGACGCUGCAUCCGAGAAGGCCAGAAGAAGCCGGUCUACAUCUAUCACUGCCUCACGAUAUUGACUGCCGAAGUCGAUGUGCUUGAGCUCCGGACGAGACAGCAUGUGCUAGUCGCGCCUCACUCAGAAACUGGAGUUCUCGUGGACAAGAAGAAAUCUGCAGAGCAUGUCAAGAAACAUCUUGAACAAUCCGGUGUCUCUUUACAGCGCAUCAACUCCCUUCUUGAGCCAAAAGAGGUGUUCAAGGCGAUGGACGAGUCGGAUUACAUCAUUAUUAGAGCAGCAAGCGAAUAG